AUGAACAGCUUUGUCCAUCAACAUCAUUAUCCAAAAUGAAGAAAUCAUCGUCAUGUCUCAGCCAAGUUCUUUGGGUUGUCUUCACCAUCAUGCUAUUCUUUAACCAAUCUCACCAACACUUUCCCCCUCCGAUAUCCAUUCCAAAUCCCAGAUUAAUGAAUGCUUACUUCGCUCUCCAAGCUUGGAAACAAGCAAUCACUUCUGAUCCCAACAACUUUACUGCCAAUUGGAAUGGUCCUGACGUCUGUCAUUAUAAUGGCGUUUAUUGUGCAACAGCUCCAGAUGGCUCCCAUACCUUAACGGUCGCCGGAAUAGACCUGAAUCACGCCAACAUUGCUGGAUGUUUGCCGGAUGAGCUCGGCCUCCUCACGGACCUUUCUCUCUUUCACUUAAAUUCUAACCGCUUCUCUGGUACUAUCCCUGCUAGCUUUAUUAAUCUUCACCUUCUUUAUGAGCUUGACGUUAGUAACAAUCAAUUUAGUGGUCCAUUUCCUUGCGUUGUUCUUUAUCUACCUUCACUCAAAUAUCUAGACAUUAGAUUCAAUGAGUUCAAUGGGGAUAUCCCAGAACAACUGUUUGAGCUGGAACUCGAUGCACUUUUCCUUAACAAUAACAAAUUUGAGUCAUCUUUGCCUCAAAAUUUAGGCAACUCUCCGCUCUCUGUGUUUGUCGUGGCCAAUAAUAACAUCAGGGGUUGCAUCCCUCCAAGUUUGGCAAAAAUGGGAGGGACCCUGGAAGAACUUAUUCUCUCAAAUUUGGGAUUGACAGAUUCUUUACGUCAAGAUAUAGGGAUGUUGAAAGGUUUGAAAGUUCUUGAUUUGAGCUUUAACCAGCUAUGUGGACCAUUGCCAGAGUCUAUAGGAGAAAUGAGGAACUUGGAGCAGCUAAAUGUGGCUCAUAACAAGUUGUCUGGUCAGGUUCCUAAGAGCAUAUGUUCCUUGCGUAACUUGCAGAAUUUCACUUACUCGUUCAAUUACAUCGCCGGUGAGCCACCUGUGUGCAUCAUGUCGCCAGCGAAAGAUGAUAGAAGUAAUUGUAUUCCAAGUAGACCUUUGCAGCGAUCUCCUGAAGAAUGCAGGUCCUUUUACGCCAAUCCUAUUAAUUGUGGUGCCAUUACGUGCUCACGCAGCUAGAACCCCACCUGCAAUCACCAGCUAUACAUCAUUCACUCGGCACAACUGGCAUUGCUAUUGGUGGAUCACUUCAUUGGUUUUUCAACUAAUGAUCAAAGUAAAAUUUUUAUUAAAAACUCAUUACUUCCUUUCUUUUUUGUGCAAGUACUGUAAUACCAUACUUUGUAAAAUUCGUGUAAUUGACCGAUGAAACUGUAUUCCAUUAUUUAGUUAACCCUGUUUAAUAUGUCUCUGUCUUUCCCAAUCCAGCU